AUGGCAUCCAAUAUUUUGUCCCUGCCGUUCCGACGAACCCAUUCCAUAUCUCUCGCCGAAGCCAUCAAGCAGUACAUAUCGACCAAAUAUGACCAGCACCCGGACAUGUUCACGCAGGACUUGCAGGCCAUUGAUCAGCUGCGCUCAAGCGCUGUCAACGCCAUCGAGCCUCACACGAGCGGUGUCAAAAAGCUGCAGGCGUACGCAGCCCAGCUGGUUUGGAUGGGAGGGAAAUUUCCAAUAGACAUAGGUGUCGAUUUCUCCUGGUAUCCCGCAAUAGGGUACAACACCCAAAGACCGAUAUCACAGAACAACCUCCGAUUUGAGCUAGCAAACAUCGUGUACAACCUCGCCGCAAUGUACUGCCAGCUCGCCACCUCCUCGAAUCGGAGCACAUCUGACGGCUUGAAGGCAGCUUGCAACUACUUCUGUCUAGCAGCAGGGGUUAUCUCUCACCUCAAGAUCAAUGUCGUACCCGAGCUACGAUCAGCACCGCCAGAAGACAUGGACACCAUGACGCUGGAAAGUCUAGAGCACCUGCUUCUAGCGCAAGCACAGGAAUGUUUCUGGCAAAAGGCAGUGAAAGAUGGGCUCAAGGAUGCCUCGAUAGCCAAGUUGGCCGCCAAAGUAUCCGACCUCUACUCCGAGGCCAGUGAUUUUGGCAUCAAAUCUGAGUCAAUCACAAGCGAGUGGAUACACCACAUGACCGCUAAGCAUCACCAUUUUGCCGCUGCCGCCCAAUACCGAGCCGCUUGCGACUGCUUGGAGAAGAGGAAGUACGGAGAAGAAGUUGCCAGGCUUCGGGACGCUCUCAGUUGUGUCAACGAAGCCUUGCGAGAGUCACGUUAUAUCAGCAAGGCUGUGUUGGCUGACCUCAACGCGCUCAAAACCAGGGUGCAGGAGGACCUCAAGCGGGCUGAGAAGGACAAUGAUAUGAUCUAUCUGAUACCAGUGCCGCCCAAGCCGGAACUGAAAACAUUAGACCGAGCCACAAUGGUGGCAGCCAGAGUACCAAAGGAGCUCUCGGAUCCGCUAUCGCUGCUAGGCGAGAACGGCGCACUCGGCCGUCCCCUAUUCUCGAAGCUGGUCCCUUACUCUGUGCACGUCGCAGCCAGCAUAUACGCUGAUCGCAGGGACCGCAUCGUCAAUCAGACCAUCGACGAGCUGGAGGCUUUGACGGCGAGAAUGCACGAGGUGUUGAAGAGCCUCAACCUACCAGGCUCACUACAGGCCCUUGAGAAGCCACUUGGAUUGCCUCCAGGUCUCAUCUCUCAUGCAGAGGAGAUACGCCAGCAGGACGGCAUUAACCGUCUCUAUCGGUCUAUCGAUGAGACUCGGAAGCUGAAGGAGACCGAUCGGGCAAUGUUUCAGGAGGGCCUAGACCUCUUACGAGCAGAAGCUGCAGAAGAUGACCGAGCAAGGCGAAAGUAUGGCACCGACCGAUGGAACCGGCCUACAUCUGAGCAAGCAGUGCCGCAGCUAUAUGCUCAGAUAGGCGAGAUCGAGGGCUACCUGAAGUCCGCGGCUAACAGCGACAAGCUCGUGCAAGAUAAGAUCAAGGAUUGUGAAGAGUACGUUCGACUCCUGAGCGGUACAGAUAGGGACCUUGAACACUUCGUACCGAGCAGCCGCCGGACCACCAUGACUCCUGCGGUCGAGAGAGAAGCAGGGAGGCUCCGAGGUUGCUUGAACGAAGUAAAUCGGCUCGAGACCAGACGGAGACGAAAGGCUGAAGCUUUGAAAGCGAAAGCCAAGCAGGACGACGUCAAUCAUGAUCUGCUAAGGGAAGCCGCUCGCUUGGAGCGCGAAUACCCCAUGCACACCAUCGAAGCGGUCCAGUUCGAGAACUUCUUCGAGAAACGUCUCCAGACGUACGACGUAGACAAGGCGAUGAUCUCAGAGGAGCAAGAGGAGCAGCAGAAGAUUGAAGCCCGGUUACGAGAGGCAAAUGCAGCCUUCAUCAACGCACGGCGAGGCGACUCUUCAAGCAAGCAGCGCGAGCAGGCACUACAGAAGCUCGAAAACGCGUACUUCAAAUACAAAGAGAUCAUAUCGAACCUCGAUGUAGGAAGGAAGUUCUACAAUGACCUCGCCAAGAUAGUCGGACGCUUCCGGGACGACUGCCGCAGCUUCGCCUACCAGCGGCGAACGGAAGCGUCCCAGAUAGAAUCCGACCUCAGCACAGCAAUGUCCGGCCUGAACCUCCAGCAGGCCAACUCGUUACAGCAACAGAGGAAGGCGGAGCACCAGAAACCGCCAUAUCCGGUCAAGCCUCCAGCUGAGGAGCCGCUGGCGGCACCAACACCCACUAGGACCGGGCCGGGCCCCGUCGCGGCUGGUAUGUGGACGCCGGAGAUGGGGAUCAGGUUCAAUGACGGGAGCGCGCCGCAGAGCAAUAACCAGCCAGGACACUCACGUGACGCGCGGUGGGAUCCGGCGAAGGGCAUGAAGUUUGCAUGA